AUUUUAUCGCCUCCGCACUGCAACUGCAAAAAAACGUAAACAGCUGACUUUUGCUCCGUCGUCUUGUGAUUAUUUCAUGUUUUUUUUCGCAAAUACUGUCAUAGCGGGUAUUUUACGAAUCAUUCAACGAAUUUUGCGUGUAUCAGGAUCAGGAGGCAACAGCAGAAUGGCUGCGGAAUCAUCGGCUGCGCGUUCGUGGACGAUCGCCACGUUCCCCGUCAGCGCGGGGAAGGAAGUGAUGCGCAAUGAACCUUGGGUCUAUUCGCUGCAUCCCCGAAAUUUCCACUCACUGUGCUAUCGCUGCUUCACACCGCUCGAUCCCUCCAAAGCCGUCCGUCCCGAUCUGUUCGCCACCACGUAUCCUGCUCCAGGUGCGGUGAAUACUGUGCCCUGCCCAGACUGCAAUGUCGUCAGUUAUUGCUCACCGGAGUGCCAGAAUGCGGAUAAGACAACGUGGCGCCACGGUAUGGAGUGCAGUUUACUGAAGAAAUUAACCGCCACAGGCACAACACCGCACCACGACAUGCUGAUUAUUGUGAAGAUUAUGGCGCGUCUGCUGAAUGACGAUGGCAGUAGUACCCGCGCCAGCAGCAAACCUUGGAUCUACAGUGGCCGUGAUUAUAACCGGCAGCUGUCGCAUGCCGAGGAGAUCCUGCAGAAUGAGGUGUGGAUGAAGGAUGCGCAGCAUCUGCGCCACCUCCUCGAGGCCGUCAUGGACGAGGCCGACAUCCCGGAUCUGCGCAGUUUGGUGGAGAUGUACGGGAAGCUCAAGGUGAACUCGUUCGAUAUUCGCGAUCAGUAUCUGCGCCGUCUGGGAGAGGGAUUCUACUUCGAAGCGGCCAAGUUUGACCAUUCCUGUCUGCGUAAUGCGCUCUUCUUUUUCGAUGGACUGACGCUGGUGAUUCGGGCAAUCGAAGACAUUCCGGACGCCUUGAAGGUGCGGGUGUCGUACAUUGAGCUCUUCACCACGACCAAUAUUCGUCAGAAGAAUCUCGAAUGGUUCUUUUUCCGCUGCAACUGUCCCAUGUGCCAUGAUCCCCAGAAGAACGCCGACAUGGAAUGCAUACGCUGCUGCACCCCGGCCUGCCCCCAGCCCGUCCCCCUGGACAUGGACACCCGCAACCGCGACCCCUGCCCCACCUGCAUGGAGUUCAUCCACACCCAGCUGGCGCAAGAUCCAAACGGCCGUUGGAAGGAUUUUAAUUGGCACGACGAGAUGAGUCAGCGCUUGAACGCGGCGCAUAAGCUGCUGGAGGAGCACAGUAAGCAGCACGACGACAUCUUCCGCGUGCUGGAUGACGCGUCGGCCACCCGCCCCGGGAAUGAGGGCCAAGGGGAGGGGGCGCGGCAGACGCGGGAGGUGCUGGCGGAUGUGGAGCGCCGCUGUGAGAAGAUGCUGGAGGAGGGAAGAAGCUGCUGCAUCCCAGUAAUUGGACGCGCUGUGUGACGCAUACGGUGUUGGCGCGGGUGCUGUUGGCCGGCGGGGAGGCCGGGCGGCGGAUGGCGGCCGGGGAGCAUUUUGCGCUGGGACUGCCCGGCAUCAAGCGAGGAUUGCGAGCGAACGAUACCCGAGCUGGAGUUCAGACACUCAUGGCCGCCUUACUUCCGCUGGCGUCGCCACAGUUUACCAAUGCG